GUUGAACUUGGCUCCCGUUAAUAGCAGUGAUGUUGGGGUAAAGACUGAUCUAGUGACCAUCAAUCCCAGUCAGCUCUCAGCAGAUUUCAGAAAUAUGGCUGUGAAUCCAGGUCUGCUGGUGCGGCACGUGAGUGUGUAUGGAAAUGCGUCUCUGAUGAUUCCAGCCUUUGCAUACACAGUCUGCACUGCGGUGUCAAUUAAAACACUCCAGGUGCUCCAGCCAUAAAGGCCUCAGCAGCCUGUGGUGUUCUUUAGUCCAUACUACCUCAAGACAUUGGACCGUUUCUGGAAGGGGCUUGGCCUGAAAGAAAAACGCCUCUCCACAGGUUUCAUGUUAGUUAAUAUGGCACUAGAGCUGUGUGAUGAUGUGCAUUUAUAUGGAUUCUGGCCAUUUGACAUCAAUCUAAAGCAGCAGACACUUCAACACCAUUAUUAUGACAACAAACCACCCAAACCGUUCGUGCACGCCAUGCCAGAGGAGUUCAUCUACUUGUUACAGCUUCACAGCCAGGGGGCGCUAACACU